GCUUCGGAUAGCUGCAAGAACCAGCCAAACAAUAGGAGUAGGGGACGAGACUCACAGCAAUUACGCAACUUCAACACCGGACCUGUCAUACCUCGAGCUUCGGAAUGUGGGCUAUCAGCCGCCCGGCUGUGAAAAGCCGAUUCUGAGCGACGUCAAUUUCAUGCUGGACAAGCACUCAAUGGGGCUCAUCUUUGGGCGGAGCGGCAGUGGGAAGACGACGCUGCUGCAGAUCCUGGCGGGUUUAGCCGCCCCGACCAUCGGCUCCCUCCACAUCCAUGUCUGGCGUACCGGCACGCGGGGGCCACCGUUGUCAGUUUCGGAAGUCGCGGCGCGCACGGGCCUCGUGUUCCAGUUCCCGGAGCGCUACUUUCUGGCGGACACUGUCGCGGACGAACUUCUUUUCGGACACGUUCGGAGAGACUUGCGGACGGACACAUUCGAACGGGUGGCGGCUGCACUUCAUGCGGUGGGCAUGGACCACAUCUCGAUGCAAACCCCGCCGCGCGCGCUGAGCGACGGCUACAAGCGACGGCUGGCGCUUGCGGUGCAACUGAUUCGGCAGCCGGACAUCCUUCUACUCGACGAACCACUGGCGGGCCUUGAUUGGCAGGCACGAAUGGACGUCGUCCAACUGCUGGACCGCCUCAAGCGGACCACCACGCUCGUCGUCGUGAGCCACGACCUGAGGGAACUUGCUCCGCUUGUCGACAACGCAUGGCGGAUGCACACCGGGGGGAGAUUAGAGCAGGCCAAAUGGCCGUUGGAGCCGGGGUCUCAACGGCUUGAACUCGGGCAAGGCGUAGCUCGAAGCUGAACAGUUUCGCGCCGUUUGUUGAGUCGCGCUGGAGGUCGCCUUUGCGCAUCUAUGUAUACUUGUUGCCCGAUUCGAAGGGGAAGAAACUUGUACACGUGACGGCGUAAAAGAAACUAGCUCCAAGCGGAAGUUUGCCGUUGACACUGGGAAUGAAUUCACGUAACGGCGUCGCAACUUCCGACACGAAACUUCAUCAAGCUCGAUUCCCUUGGCAACCACUGAUGGUGCUUAGAGGCAAGCAACCGCGUUUGAUUGGUAGGUCUCGUGUCAGAUCGCCGUGCGCCGCAGUUUACUCUGUGAUGCAAUCGGUUGACUCCAUUAUGUGGUCACAACUAGGGAUUCCUAUGGCCUACUCUUUUUGAAUUUGAUACCAGCCUCCGG